ACAUAAUUCCGCGCGCACUCUCACUCUGCACUUUGCACUAUAAAGAACCUUUUUGGAAAAAAAUAACGUCAAAAUGACAGGCCGUGGAAAAGGCGGGAAAGGACUCGGGAAAGGGGGCGCUAAGCGUCACAGAAAAGUACUUCGAGACAACAUCCAAGGUAUUACCAAGCCAGCAAUAAGAAGAUUAGCAAGAAGAGGAGGCGUGAAGAGGAUUUCUGGCUUGAUAUACGAAGAAACAAGAGGCGUUUUGAAAGUUUUCUUGGAAAAUGUUAUCCGCGAUGCUGUAACCUACACAGAACACGCGAAACGAAAAACUGUUACGGCAAUGGAUGUUGUUUACGCCUUAAAAAGACAAGGCAGAACGCUAUACGGCUUUGGUGGGUAAAUUAAAAAAAAUGUGAGAGAAAAAAAUAAUGGAAAUAUUGUUGAUUUUGGGUUUUCGAAAAUUUAAAUAGCAUAGGUUUUGACAUGGCCCUUUUCAGGGCCGAA